AAGGUAAUAGCGAGGAAGAAUAAUUAAUAAAUAAUUAAACCUUAACAAUAAAACACAAAUUAUUAAAAAAAAAAAAAACUAGAAGUCUCUCUGAUUCAUUUUGACUUGUCUUUCAAUUUCAAUGAAGAUUCUUUCUCUCUAGAAAUUCCUCUCACUCUCUCGCUUUCUGUUGAUUGAAGUGGCUGCUAUUUUUUCUUUUUAAAAGAGGAAAAAGAAAAAAAGAGAGGGAAUGGGUUGUGCUGGAUCGUCACAGGCUAAAGGAGAUGGAGCUGUGAAGAAGAUCCGGAAGCCAAAACCUUGGAAGCAUCCUCAGCCAAUAACAAAGUCUCAGCUUAUACAGAUGCGUGAUGAGUUUUGGGAUACUGCUCCUCACUAUGGUGGAAGGAAAGAGAUUUGGGAUGCUCUUCGAGCUGCUGCUGAAGCUGACCUAGCCCUUGCGCAAGCUAUUGUGGACAGUGCUGGUGUCAUUGUUCAAAAUGUUGAUUUGACAAUAUGCUAUGAUGAAAGAGGUGCAAAAUAUGAACUGCCCAAGUAUGUUUUGAGCGAGCCAACCAACUUAAUCCGGGAUAAUUGAAAACAGGGAAACCAGUUAGCAGCGUCGUGCACAGAUUGACUGUAAAUCAUGUAUAUUAUUUCCUUAUCAUACUUUUAAUACAGGCGGGUCAUUUAUGCCUUUCCUUUCGCCCUUGUGACUUUUCUCGUCUAGUCUAAAAUCCUGCUGUCAACUCAACAAGUAUACAGUAAGCGGUAAUUGUUUGGAUUUAAUAAAAAAAAAAAAAAAUCUCCUUUUUGCUC